AGUGCACGGGUUUGUGAGAUGGCUACAGACUUUCCUGAGCCCACCGCCCCUGACUGCAAAGGAGACCUGAAGAGCAACACCAAGCUAGACACGGAUUACCCACUUCAGGUGCUUCACUGGGGAGGCUGCUCAUUACCAACAGAGUGCUGUCAAUAUAUGCCUGAUGUUGGUAAAUGUCGACAGUGGUUAGAGAAGAAUUUUCCAAAUGAAUUUGCAAAACUCACUGUAGAAAAUUCACCUAAACAAGAACCUGGAAUUGGGGAAGGCCAGGGAACAGCAAGAGAAGAGGAGGAGAAGAAAAGGCAAAAGAGAGGUGGAAGGGAUCAAAUAAAACAGAAAAAGAAGACAGUUGCACAAAAGGUUACAAUAGCCAAAAUUCCUAGAGCAAAGAAGAAAUAUGUAACAAGACUGUGUGGCCUUGCAACUUUCAAGAAUGACCUUAAAGAAGCACAAAGGUUCUUUGCUCAGAAAUUCUCCUGUGGUGCCUCAGUUACAGGGGAGGAGGAAAUCAUCAUUCAGGGAGACUUUACAGAUGACAUUAUUGAUGUAAUUCAGGAGAAAUGGCCAGAGGUGAAUGACGACAGCAUUGAAGAUCUUGGAGAAGUAAAGAAGUAA